AUGUCGACAACCGCUGCCGGCGGCAAGCCAUCGCGGUCCGCCUCCGCCCUUGUCGCCGACACGGCGACCGGAUCCCACCACUUCACGAUCGACCUCUACUCGCGCACCAAGGGCAUCCCCACAGGCGAGUCCCUCAAGUCCUGCCCUUUCACCGUGGGAGGCCACCGCUGGCUCGUCCUCUACUACCCCAAUGGCGACCAGGCGGAGAACGCGGGCUACAUAUCCCUCCGCCUCGUCCUCGCGGAAAACACCUCCAGGACGGUGAGGGCGCAGCACCAGUUCCGCUUCGCCGGCGAGGCGGAGAAUCAGGCGCUGCCGUUGGCGGCGGAGCCGCUGAACAACUUCGCCGGCCUGGCGAGCUGGGGGAACUCCAAGUUCAUCCGAGCGGAGGCCCUGGAGAAAUCGAAACAUCUCAGGGGGGACUCCUUCGCCGUCCGGUGCGACCUCAUCGUCGUCAGCGACUUCCGCGCGGUGGAGACGCCUGAGCCCGCCCCUCCGACAUUCGUCACCGUUCCCCCAUCCGACCUUCACAUGCACCUGGGUAACCUUCUCCUCGCAGAGAAGGGCGCCGACGUGGUGUUCGAGGCCGGAGGCGAGACCUUCGCGGCGCACCGCUGCCUGAUCGCGGCCCGGUCGCCGGUGUUCAGUGCAGAGCUCUUUGGCGAGAUGAAGGAGAGCGUCGACACGACGGCCGUCGUCAAAAUAGAUGACAUGGAUGCGCAGGUGUUCAAGGCAUUGCUCUAUUUUGUGUACACCGACACCUUGCCAGAGAUGAAGAGGGAGGAAGCAGGGGAAGACGCCAUGUCUCAACAUCUGCUGGUCGCAGCCGACAGGUAUAACUUGGACAGGCUAAAGCUGAUCUGCGAAGACAAACUUUGCAGGUGCAUCCAAGUGAGCACUGUGGCCACAAUCUUGGUGUUAGCUGAGCAACACCACUGCGGUGGACUGAAGAAGGCAUGCUUCGAUUUUCUCAGUUCUCAGGCGAAUCUGAAGGCGGCCAUGGCCAGUGACGGCUUUGAGCAUCUGCGCCAAAGCUGCCCCGCUAUCAUGAAGGAGUUGAUCUCUAUGCUCAGCGCCUUUGCUCCGUGA